AUGAGACUCCACGCUGCAGCUAUCCUCGUCAUCUUCUGGCUUGGCGUCUUCACUGUGCGCACGGCAAAAGGGAGCAUUGGAAGUCAGGCCAUGCGUAAAUUCAAGUGUGUAGAUCUGUCUGCACAGAAAUGGAAUAUCCAAAACCUUGUCAGCUAUGAAAAACAACAAGUUCCAGUAAACGCCAUCAUCUUUCUCCACUCCAAAGGUUUCAAGAUCUGCGUAAGACCUGAACAGAAAUGGGUGCAGGCUGCUAUGAAGAAAAUAGACCAGAAACGUAACACCAAAGGCAAAUAA